AUGUCACAGCAAGGAGUGCAUGCAGCGCUGGGGAACAUAUCAAGAGUUGUAGUGCAACCGACAGUGGAUAAUGUUAUAGCGUCCACGUACCUCGUCAAGGGCAUCGUCUUCUUCCUCGCGCACCCGUUUCUAUACCCUCUGCUCAAGGCGCGGUUACUCCCCGCAGUCCUUCUCAGCAUCUUCGUGCUUACCAACCUCUUUGUGUGGACAUUGCUGCCACAGGUUCUCUUCCUCAAGCUGUUCCACACAGCAGGUAGUGCCUGGGUCAACGCCGUAUUCCUCGUCUUGGGAGAAGGGGCCGCGGUCGUCGCAUUACUCUUCGAGUCCUUCUUGGUGGACGAGUCCCAAGUCGACGUCUUCGACGCCGUCCUCAUCUACAAAGGUUACGAAGACCUCGUUCGCAAACAUCGCCCCGUCAGCGAAGAUUCCCUCAACGACCCCGUACGCCGCCUCGGCAAGCCCAUACGCUCAUCUGUCUAUGCGCCCUUUUCGUUCCGCCAGAUCGCUGAGUUUGUGAUACUGCUGCCUAUGAACUUUAUACCCUAUGUCGGAGUGCCAAUAUUUCUUUUGUUGACGGGAUAUCGCGCAGGCCCGUUCCAGCACUGGCGGUACUUUCAGCUUUUGGGAUACGACAAGAAGCAGAGGAAUGCUGCGAUUAGGAAGAGGAGAUGGCAGUAUACUUGGUAUGGCACUGUGUAUUUGGUUCUACAAUACGUGCCGCCGCUCAGCAUGUUCUUUCUCAUGACGGCGCCAGCCAGCUCGGCGUUGUGGGCGGGGGACUUGGAGAGGGCGAGGAGGGAGCAGGAGGCGAACCUGGCGCAAGCGCCGCAGUACACGGACGAGCCUGACGCGGGUGUAUGA